AUGUCAUACGAUGACUUAAUCCCAAGCGAAGAGCGCAAUAUUAAAGCAAUAGCGCAUUACCCGCAUUUGAUUUCCUACAAUAACUACCUAUCCAAUUCCCUCCGCUCUCCCGCCCCAGACUCAAUCACGAAACUCCCAUCACUCUUUGUUGCUAUUGAUACAAUGAAUAACUCCAACUUUACCAAGUCGAUCAUAUACGUUGUCAAGAAGUUAGUCCCUAACUUCAAAGACACACAACCAGACAAGUUCUCUUUCCGACACUUCACAGAAGGGAUUACUAAUAAGUUGGUGUGCAUCACCGACACCACCACGAACUUCUCUGUCAAUGUAAGAACGUACGGGUCGUAUACUGAGUACGUCAUUGAUCGAAAACAAGAACUGUUGGUCACCGAGGCUUGCAGUACUGUUACGUUAUAUGGGACGUUUUUGAAUGGUGUAGUGUACUCAUACAUCCCCGGGAGAACACUUUGCUUAGGCGACUUAAUCGAUUUGAAGACUUUUAAAGACACGGCAGUCGCUAUUGCUCGACAUCACAAGAUCACCCCACCACUCGUUAAGGCACCUUUACUCUUCGUCACACUCAGAAAGUGGCUUGCAAACGUCCCACUCGAAUACGUCGACCAGAAGAAAACGCCAUAUCCCAUUAACGUGUUAAAGGACGAGUUGGUCUUUUUGGAAAACAAGUUGAAGGACAAGAGCGACGUCGUCUUGUGCCACAACGACUUGUUAUUGAAGAACUUCAUUAAAAGUACUGACGGCGUUUCUUUGAUCGACUUUGAGUAUAGCAGUUACAACUACAGAGCUUUCGAUUUGGCAAAUCACUUUUGCGAAUGGUGCGGAUUCGAGUGCAACUGGGACAGUUACCCUAAUCAAGAAACUCAGAGGAGAUUCAUAUCAAUGUACCUCUCGGCUUAUUACAAAAAACCUGCCGAAGAAUUAAUAGGUGAGAUAGAAAAGAUACUUGAAGACGUCAAAUGGUUUGAAUUGGCUUCACACUUCUAUUGGGGGACUUGGUCACUCAUACAAGCCGCUCUGUCUUCUAUCGACUUCGACUACACCGUCUACGCGUAUGAACGGUUUAAUAGAUACUUUGUGGUCAAGAAGAAUCUGAUGGGCUAA